AAUGAAUUUUGAAAUUGACAUUUCCACUCUUGUCACUGAAAAGAGCGAAGACAAGAGGGUCUAAAAAUAUCUUUGCUAAAAUACAAUUUUCUCUUAGGAAUUCAUUGGAUUUUCAAAAUGUCUCUUAUAACUAGAAACCUGUGUCGUACUCUAGUCCAGGGAUCUCAGCAUGUCAGCAAAGGUUUGCAUACAAGUGCAGUAAACUCUGAAAAAAACGUAUGUUUCGCGCCACUAUCAAUUAGCAGCCUGCAAACAAGCAAGGAAGGUCGCAUCAAGUGUACUCUUAUACCGGGAGACGGUGUUGGUCCAGAGCUUGUGUAUUCGGUACAGGAGGUGUUUAAGGCGACCAGCAUUCCUGUUGAUUUUGAAUCAUUCUUUUUCUCUGAAGUUAAUCCAACAUUGAGUGCGCCCUUAGAAGAUGUUGUUAGCUCAAUUGCUAGGAAUAAGAUAUGUAUCAAGGGCAUUUUGGCUACCCCGGACUUCUCCCACACUGGUGAACUUCAGACGCUCAACAUGAAGCUCCGUAAUGCCCUGGAUCUGUACGCUAACGUGGUGCAUGUCAAGUCACUACCUAAUGUCAAAUGCAGACACACAGAUGUUGAUUGCAUCAUCAUAAGAGAACAAACUGAAGGGGAAUACUCUGCACUGGAACAUGAAUCGGUUCCCGGUGUUGUUGAAUGUCUCAAGAUAAUAACGGCUGCUAAGUCUGAACGUAUAGCUAAAUUCGCUUUUGACUACGCGGUCAAGAUGCGCCGUAAGAAGGUCACGGCUGUGCACAAGGCUAACAUCAUGAAGCUGGGCGACGGAUUGUUCCUGAGGAGCUGUGAGGAGAUGGCAAAAUUAUAUCCAAGGAUACAGUUUGAGAAGAUGAUUGUUGACAAUUGCACGAUGCAAAUGGUCUCCAACCCGAACCAGUUUGAUGUGAUGGUGACACCCAACUUGUACGGCAACAUAGUGGACAAUCUGGCCAGCGGUUUGGUCGGUGGAGCCGGGGUGGUCGCUGGAGCCUCAUACAGCGCUGACUGUGCUGUGUUCGAACAGGGUGCUCGUCAUAUAUUCUCCGGCGCUGUCGGUAAGAACAUCGCCAAUCCGACAGCUAUGCUUCUAUGCUCGGCCAAUUUGCUGUCUCACGUCAAUCUGCACUCCUACGCUGAUAUGAUCAAGAACGCUAUCAAUAAAGUUCUAAAAGACGGCAAGGUGAGAACAAAGGAUUUGGGCGGACAGUCCACAACAAAGGACUUCACCAACGCCAUCAUACACUGCCUCGCUUAGAAUUUUUAUCAACGGAAGGAACAAUUCACCCAAUACAAACUCCCAAAGAGAUUCCAUCAUUGUCAUAGAUUAUAUAACAAUUUCAGUGUUGCUAUCACUAUCAUUACAGUAAUAUUGUCAUAUUUAAUUUUUUAUUAGUAAAUGGCGAGACGCCAGUAUUAAUUUAUUUAUUUCAAUCAUGUGAUCUGUAACCCAUAGUAUUGUUUAAGUAUUCAAUGUUACCAGAAAUAAAAUAAUUAAAUGUU